AUGGUAAAGAAAACUACCAAGCAGAGAGACGAAAAAAGUGUCAAAGCACCAAAGCCAGAACCGGUGGAGAAAGUGGAAGAAGAGGAAAAUGUCGAAUCGACAUUAAAUUCUGAGGCGAGCUCAUCAGCAGUAAAAGCCUCAAAUUCAGAAUCAGACUCCAAUUCAGACUCCAACUUGGAUUCGGAUGAGGAGGCGGAUGAUAUCAAAGGGCUUGAUGUUGAUGACGAGACAAGCACACACAAGAUAAAGAAGCUAGAAACUAAGAAACAAAGUGAUAAUAAACAGAAAAAUGACAGAGACCAUUCCGGUGUUGUCUACGUCAGCAGACUACCAAAGGGAUUUCACGAAAGGGAACUGAGUAAAUACUUUGCUCAAUUUGGGGACUUGAAACAGGUCAGAUUAGCACGCAACAAAAAAACCGGUAAUUCCAGACAUUAUGGGUUCAUCGAAUUCGUCAACAAGGAAGACGCAAAGAUCGCACAAGAGACAAUGGAUAACUACCUUUUAAUGGGGCACAUCUUACAGGUACGCUUGCUUCCAAAAGGCGCUAAGAUAGAAAAGCUCUUUAAACACAAGGGAAGAGUCUUCAUCCAAACUGAAAUCAAAAAAUCUGUUGACGAACUAAAAGCCCAGGCAAAGAACAAACAUGAGCUAAGAAUGGAAAAAUUGACUCAAUCUGGUAUCGAAUUCAAAUGGUAG